UAUCUGUAUGAGACUAACCAACCCUGUUUACACUCUACAUCUCUCCUCUGCCCACUAUCCCCAUUUAAAGCUUAAACCAAGCUCUUGGCAAAAACACACCCACCAUUAUUUGAACCUUAAGGAACCCAGAUAAGCAAAUGAUCAUGACCAUGAGGUCCAUGACAAUCCAACUACAAGUCAAACUCCAACUCCAUAGCAUACUACUCUCCUUCCUCCUCCUUCCCACCAUUUCAGUAGCAAUACUCACCAAACAAAUCCAACCAGGCUCAACCCUUUAUGCCUCCAACACAACCCAAACCUGGUCCUCACCAAACAACACCUUCUCCCUCACCUUCAUACCCCUCAACCCCCCCACCUCCCCUCCUUCCUACCUUGCUUCCAUCGUCUUCUCCGGCGGUAUCCCCGUCUGGUCUGCAGGCACCACUCCUCUUGACUCCAAUGCUUCAUUCCAAUUCCACCCCACUGGCAACCUCCUCCUACUCAAUGGCACUGGCCACACCAUCUGGGACUCCGGCACCGCCAACCUUGGCAUCUCCUCUGCUUCCCUCGACGACUAUGGCAACCUUGUCCUUGCCAAUGGUACCGGCCUCCCAGUCUGGUCUUCAUUCAACCACCCCACCAAUACACUCUUGCCAUCACAGAACUUCACCACUAAACAAGUUUUGCGAAAUGGAUUGUACUCGUUUAGUCUUCAUAGUUACGGUAACAUUACACUCAAGUGGAAUAAUGAUAGUAUUGUAUACUGGAAUCAAGGUUUGAAUAAAAACUUAACUUCUCCAACCUUAGGAUUACAGUCUAAUGGUAUUUUGUCCAUUUAUGAUACCACAAUUGUGCCACGUGGGGUUGUCAUGGCUUAUAGUAAUGAUCAUGGUGAAGGAAGUGAUAUCUUAAGGUUUUUAAGGUUAGAUGAAGAUGGGAAUUUGAGGAUGUAUAGUUCUGUUAGAGGGAGUGGGAAUGAAACUGUGGAAUGGGUAGCUAUUGAGGAUCAAUGUAGAGUUUUUGGGUACUGUGGGAAUAUGGGGAUUUGUAGAUAUAAUGGUAAAAACCCCAUUUGUGGGUGCCCAUCUCAGAAUUUUGAGCUGGUUGAUCCAAAGGAUAGUAGGAAAGGUUGUAAGAGGAAGAUGGAGAUUAAGAAUUGUCCACUGAAUGUGACUAUGCUUGAUAUGGAACAUACCCUUUUGUUGACUUAUCCUCCUCAAAGCAUAUUUGCAAUUGAUGGUUCACAAAUCUUUUUCGUGGGUAUAUCAGCUUGUAGGUUGAAUUGUCUUGUAAAUCCUACUUGUGAUGCUUCAACUACACUGUCGGAUGGAACUGGUAUGUGUUACUAUAAGACUCCGGAAUUCAUUACUGGGUAUCAGAGUGCAGCUCUGCGUAGUACUUCUUAUGUCAAGGUUUGUCCACCGGUGCUUCCUAACCCAUCACCUGGUUUGGUUUCUGGUAAGGGUGGUGGCUGGAGAAUGCAAUCAUGGGUUGUAGCUAUUGUGGUCAUAGGUGUCGCUUUGGGUUUGAUUGUGUUGGAGGGUAGUUUGUGGUGGUGUUGUAGAAGUAGCCCCAAAUUUGAAGGAUUAAAUGAUCUUUUUGAGUAUGCUUCUGGAGCUCCAAUCCAGUUUUCGUUUAAGGAGCUCCAGCGCUGUACCAAUGGAUUCAAGGAGAAGCUUGGAACUGGAGGAUUUAGUGCUGUAUACAAAGGGGUUCUUGCUAAUAGAACCGUUGUGGCAGUGAAGCAACUCGAGGGAAUUGAGCAGGGAGAGAAGCAAUUUAGAAUGGAGAUAGGUACCAUAAGUAGCACCCACCACUUGAAUUUGGUGAGAUUGAUUGGUUUCUGCUCCGAAGGGCGCCAUAGGAUUUUAGUAUAUGAGUUCAUGCAAAAUAGGUCUCUUGAUAAUCUCCUUUUCCAAACAGAUGAUAAUAAGUCCGGAAAAUUGUUGAAUUGGGAGUGUCGGUUCAACAUUGCAAUUGGCGCUGCGAGGGGCAUCUCAUAUCUCCAUGAUGAGUGUAGAGUCUGCAUUGUGCAUUGUGAUAUAAAACCAGAAAACAUUUUAUUGAAUGAGAACUAUACUGCAAAAGUCUCGGAUUUUGGUCUUUCAAAGCUAAAUACUUCAAAGGAAAAUAAAUACCGAACUUUGACAAACAUUAGGGGCAUUAGAGGAUAUUUGGCACCGGAAUGGCUAGCGAAUCUUCCAAUAACUUCAGAAUCUGAUGUUUAUAGUUAUGGUAUGGUUUUGUUGGAGAUAGUGAGUGGGAGAAGAAAUUUUGAAGUAUCUGCAGAAACGAAUUGGAAAAUGCUUUCUGUGUGGGCGUAUGAAGAAUUUGAGAAGGGUAAUGUCACUGCAAUUGUUGACAGAAGGUUGGUGAAGGAAGAGGUGGAUAUGGAGCAAGUAGUGAGAGCUAUUCAAGUAAGCUUUUGGUGCAUCCAGGAGCAACCAUUACGGAGGCCAAGAAUGGAAAAAGUGGUACAAAUGCUAGAAGGGAUUACAAAGAUUGAUAGUCCGCCUUCCCCCAAAGGCCGUGAAUGAAGAGUUCUUGCAACCUGGAAAGAUGUGCGCCUCAAAGUCAUUGUUAUCUCCCUCUUAGUAGCUUCUUCCCCAGCUGCCUCUUCAUUAUUUUCCUUGUUUCUUUUCUUCAAUCUUGCUACAGUAUAUGGCAGGCUACCAAUAAAUCUUCUCUUCUUUAUUGUCUCUGUAGAACUUGUAAUCUGUUAUAGUCCUACAACGAGCCUAGAUGCAAUACUAAACUUCAAAUAUUCAUAAAGUUCAUACUUAA